AUGCUGGCAUGGCAGGACGGUGGGGCCAAGGCGGCCCCUUCUCACCCUUCUCACAAGAUCUCCUUCUCGGUCCUGGACAUCUUGGAUCCGCAGAAAUUCACGCGAGCUGCCCUCCCGCCGGUGCGUCUCGCCACUGCCCUGGAAGCCAAGAAAAGUUUAGAGGAGGUGGAAGCAGGGGAAGAUGCCUGCUCGGGGAAUCCAAUCCGGGCACAGGAGACCCCUGACCCGGUGGGCCGAGGCAUUGACCCCGCAUCCCCGGUGGAGGGUUCCGAGGCGGAAGAGGAGGAGGAAGCUGAGGAAGCGGGCCGCGCGCAACAGCCAGAGCGCUGGCAGGAGGUCCACCCGCACUCUCCAGAGGCCCGGGCAGUGGCGGUGGGAUCGGAGGAGAGCGGCACGGAUGGCCUCCCGGCGUCCCCCGGCUCUCCCGGUUCCCCGCGGCCCCGACGCCGGCGAGCAGAAUCCAGCUGCGCCAAGCCACGGCGCGCGCGCACUGCCUUCACCUACGAGCAGCUGGUGGCCCUAGAGAACAAGUUCCGAGCCACCCGCUACUUGUCGGUUUGCGAGCGCCUGAACCUGGCGCUGUCGCUCAGUCUCACGGAGACGCAGGUCAAAAUUUGGUUCCAGAACCGCAGGACCAAGUGGAAGAAGCAGAACCCAGGGGCCGACGGCGCGGUGCAGGCGGGAGGUGGUGCGCCUCAGCCUGGGACACCCGGCGCGGUAGCAGGGGGCGGUGGCAGUACCACUGCCACUGGGAGUAGUCCUGGCCCGCCGGUUCCAGGUGCUCUGCCCUUUCAAACUUUCCCCACCUAUCCUGCGGCGACCAACGUCCUGUUCCCUGCCGCCGCCUCCUUCCCGCUGACGACCGCUGCCACCGGGAGUCCUUUCACUCCUUUCCUUGGACCCUCCUACUUGACCCCUUUCUAUGCUCCACACCUAUGA